AUUAUUGUAUAGCAGCUCCGUGGUUAGCCAAAGCGAGCGAUUGCAGAAGAGCUCUACGCUUGCAGCAAUCCUCGAUGCGCUGGCAGACGAGAACACCGGAUUGAGUUUCAUAAAGAAAGACAAGUCGCUACCAGCUGACUGCUUUUUGAGCCUGGAGGCAGUGGCGUGGCUACAGGAAUAUGUGGAAGGCGUCGUCAGUGACAGUGAUGCCAUCUGUAUCAUGCAGAGAAUGAUAGAGGAAAGCUUGGUUUGCCAUGCAUCUGGUCAGGCCAACCAUCCAUUCAUCAACGGCUUUUAUCUCUACUUUGUCGUUCAUCAACUUGCAGCCAUAACAACACGGAAUGCCAAAGGGUUGACUGGCAUUCAGCAGUUGAUAGCAAGAGUGCCAAUGCUAGGAAUGCAGGCCAUAAGUAUCGAGUCGGUGUUCAACCCAUACUUCUGCCACGAGCAUGUAGAGGUUGCAUUACAUCCAGACAGUGCCUAUGCGAGCAGCCAUGGUGAUUUCACAGUGACACCUGGUGUCAGAAGAAAGGCAUCACCAUUGGUAGACCCUCACGUGGAAGAAAAUCGGUCAUGGAGGUCAGACGAGAGUGUGGACAGUGCUGGUUCAGAUGUCACUGGCGUAGCUAGUGCCUUUAAGGUGACGAAAAUCAGUCUCGAUGGCCUUGGCAAGAGCUGCAGGAACGAGUGGGUCAACAUCCGUUACCAAGGCAACUACUACAUGGACAGGCCAUAUGAGUUGGUGGUCAAGUGGCUAGUGGCAACUGGCAGUAUCCUUGGCGAGCAGGUGCAAGUGUGGGCCAGAAAGGCAGGAGCAUGUGGAUUCCAUCUGAUACCGACUCCAAUGGACCCAUUUGCGUUGCCCUGGACACCAAAUUCUGACCCACUGCGCGGACCAAUCUUCGUGGCUCUCAACGUGUCAUGUCUUUUCGACAGAGAAAUGCCAAACCUAUUCAAAGACUGUGACGUUGAGAAUUAUGAGGUUGGCAUGUUCAAGCUGCAAGAAGAUAUACUGCACCGAUUCGGCUUCAUGCGAUACAUCAACGAGCGAGAGACCGGGCCGAACAGCGUGGGACCGCAGUACAUUCACGUCACAGGCGCCAUGUUUGUGCUCAUGUCCUGUGCUUACGAAAGGCCCGAGCCGAGCGCGCACAAUCAGUACAUCCGCAGACAGAGCACGAGGGUGAGGAGAAACAGCUUGCAGAUGCGGCAGGAGGUCGGCUUCCUCUGGGCCUGGAACUACAUGCUGAACAAGAAGUGGCGUACAAACAACACGGGCGACGAGGCUUACAUGGACAAGAUGUUGGCAGAUUUCCGCGCCUUCUGUUCGGGCUCUGGCGGUCGCCUGCGUGACUACUGGGAGACUUUUCGCACUACCCUGCAGCGUCCGGGUCAGACACUGGACGUAAGUGUGCGACAAGAGCUCACCGUGAUGAGGGUAGAGGACAACGCCAACAACCACGGUACGACCAACCCUACCUUGUGAUGGACAGCAAAACCACUGAUGUCAUUCUACAGUCGUCACAGGCUAUAGAUGUCGUGCAAAACAUCGAAGAUUAAUCAUCAAUCAUGCAAACAAUAGAGCAGCAGCUUCAUUUGGCGGAAAAGCUUCCGGUAGUACCAAAAAUUACCGAAAGCAUAACGUAGUGUUUUUUAAUCAUUUUGCUCAACUAUCAGCCGUUCAUCAAGUGAUUGCAAUGUCAGUAAUGAAAACGUGUUAUUCUUAAAAAAUGUGCAGCGUGUCUAUUUUCAUUUGUGUUAACAAAUUAUAAAACAGAAUGUUCUGUGAUGCAGCAAAAAUUUUCUUUAAUUGUGGCAUAUAUAUAUCAAUGAGCUAAACUCAAUUAUAUGAAAUGUUAAUAUUGGAUUGAUGUAUUACAAUUGUAAUGUGUAAAUAUAAUAUUAAUUUAUAUAACCAAAAUGUAUGUUCACGUACGUCCUGAGUGUAUACACAA